AUGGUGAUUCCAGCUGGCCAAAGUAUUCUUGAAGGCGAAAUCACGGAUCGAAUCGAGAAACGAGCAGUCCAACUUGCAAACGAAGGCCGAGUGGCCAUCUGCCUGGAUAACUACGAUCAUCAAAGCGCGAAGUACUGCGGUAUCCUCCUCUGCACGUUCGGCACAGAAGGAACAAAAUGCCUUCGAUGGUUCAUCUCUUUUCGACGAGUGCUCGACUGCUCAGAUGAAGGGAUGCGCACUCAUCUUCGCGAAAUCCUUGCAGAAUAUGGACUUCAAGAUCAUUACGACAGAAAGGUGCUGCCAAUCAUCGGAGACUUUCCGAUACAGAAUGCAUUCAGGACCCAUGUCGCUGCCGCAUGCUGCGCUCACACGAUCGCCAACAUCAGCAAGUCCUUUCUGAAGAAAUGCUCUGAUGAAUGGUUCGCAAGAGAGGUUCGGGAGGCUGUCGCCGGCGUUCAUGCUGUGAUCCGCAGUAAAAGAAGAAUCGGCUGCGCCUACUCGUCUCUCAAUGAAGAAAUCAAACAGAUUGAGCCAGCAGGUCCAUCAGGAACGCCGCUACGAGUGCUCGAAGGUCUCAAUUUCAUCCGAUUUCGGAGCGUAUUUAAUCUUUUUGAAAGAUUACUUGACGCACAAGACUUCAUCACAAGCGGAAACCGUCUACUCUACACCAACGGCCAUACCAUCAGCUGGGAAAUUGUCGAGUACAUGGUCAAGAUCGGCGGAAUAUUCAUGGAGAAAAUCAACCUAGCUGAUUCUGACGAGUUCAUGGUCACUGACACUCUCUUCACGAUGCAAGAGUUGCUCACAGAGAUUACCAUAUUUUUCAGUAUUUCAUACAUCGAAACAUCCGCUGCGACUGGAGAAAAUGUCCAACUUGCUGUAAACUUGCUUUUGCACAGAGUGAUGCAGAGGCUCAAAAAGUUCAUGCGCGACAUCAGAUAUAACUACGAAGAAGAGGAGAUCAACUUGAACCAAGAAUCGCCCUCAUGCUCAAAAACAACGACACAGUAA